AUGUGCGAGGGCGAAAUCACUAAACUUCUUUGCAGGCAUUGUCUUGUCCACAUCACCAAGCCCUGCGGCAAGGGAUGCGCCAUGCCUACCGGCACAACUACAGAGCUGCGAGAUACAUGUGCGCAAUGCCAUCCAUCCCACCGUAUCUCGCGCAUCAACAUCGAGUUCGACCUGUUGAGAGAGCAGGCGUUGGCGAGAUACCGCGUCUCGGCGUCCGAGAACCAGACCGUUGUCGCCGCCGAGAUCCAGAGGCUUCUGACCAAAUAUGAACUGCAGAGGAUGGAAGAGAUCAGAAAGGCAACCAUCCGCGGUGUGUCUGAUGAGGUCUUGUGGCCGGGCAAGGAGGAUGACGAGGUAUGUUAA